GCGGUGACGCGGUUGGCGGCGCUCGGCCCCUCGACGCUCAAGUGCGCAAAUCUCCGUCGCAGCCUGCCUUCUCACCUUCUUCUCCUGCUAGCCCUCGCUCCCGCACUCCUUCGCUCGUGACCACAUCUUCCCGCAAGAGCACCUGAACGCACCUCAAGCACACCCCGGCAUGCACUCGAUGCUCGCCGGCAGCGCCAUGCGCGCUCUGCCUCGCCGCGCUGCCUUCGUCGCUGGCUCGCGGCGCGGCGCGGUCGCCUCGGCGAUGGCCGUCUCGGCAUGCUCGCCCUUCGGCGGCGCCGCAGCUGACCUGCAGGCGCGCUCCUUCUUCUUCGGCCGGCGCUCCGCAGAGCAGGGCUCGUCGCUGCUCGACACGCCCACCGCCCGCGCUGCCCUCAACGCGACGCAGUUCCACGCUGCCCCGGGCGCCCAGACGAGCGGCGCAUCAGCACUGAGCCCCAACGGCGGCGCAAGGCUGCCGCCCAUCGCGCCGCCGAAGAAGAAGCGGCGCGGCUUCUUCAAGCGUGUGGGCCGCCUGCUGGGCCUCAUCACCCUCGCCGGCGCCGGCUCGUUCGCCUACUUCGUGCACGAGAGCAACAACCCGCCCAGCCAGCUGCCGCUCGACCCGACGAAGAAGACGAUCGUGAUUCUCGGCUCGGGCUGGGGCGCCACGGCGCUGCUCAAGGAGAUUGUGAGUAGCGCGCCAGCCUGAGUGGCCUGCACUGCGAGACGCGGUGGCCCAUGUACCAGGACACCUGGCGGCGAAGGGACCGAUGCUAUGUGCGCGCGCGUGCGCACCGGCAGGAUGCGCCCGACUGCCGUGCGCCCGCCGCGGUCGGCGGCUGAAUCGGCCGCACGAUCUUCGCGCGCCGCGCAGAUAGACGCGCGCUGCGUGCGCGCGAGAAGGCUGCGCGCCUAUCUCGCCAUGCCGAUGCGCGAGCGAAAGGGCGCACCAGAUGUAGCACUUGUGAUCUC